AUGUCUACAGACUCGAACAAAAUCAACAAAGAGACUGGACUUAAGAAGUUCCUUCUCGAUCCAAAGUCAGGCGUCAAUAGUGUUCGAACCUACUUGAGCGACAGCAUUGCACCAGAGCAGAGCAACGAGCAGAAUACGAAAUUUGGGCCUCAAACAAACAACUGGAAUCAAGGUCAAAUCGCAGAUAACAGUGGCCACCUUGGCCCGAAUAUGAACAACGGACAAGCACCAUUGAAUCAAUCAUUUGGUACGCCUAGACCGACUUCGGCAGCAUCAUAUCAUCCAGAUCAGUUAGCGCAACAUCCACAACAGCAGCAUAAUCAGAACUACCAGGCAUAUCCGUCAAAACCAGAGGAUCGAUCUGCUUCAUCGAAAAUUGGAAAUUUCGUUUCGAACAUUCUUGACUUUCCAAGCCAACCAGAGCCCAGCAAUCCAGUCUCUCCUCCAAUGGCGCCUACUCCAGUUCAUCCAGCAGGGCAAUUCUUGCCGCCAUUUGCUCAGCAAGAGCAAGCUCCUUACCCAGCUCCUUCCCAUUCGGUCUUGUAUCCUUCGACAAGUUCCUUGUCUCAACACUUUGCAGGCGCAAGUAUUGGAGGAGGGUCGGUUGAUAUGAAUCAGCAAAACAAUCAAGGACAAUCUCUCGCACCGCCGCCAGAAGACAUGAACAGUGCUACGGGUCCCGUACCAGCACCAAGAUUAUAUCAUCGUAUGAUCUUGGAGUUUGAGACACUGAAGAACAUCUUUUAUGCUGCCCGAAUCCAAACUUAUCACCACGAUCUCAUCCCCGUAGUCGCGAAACUCAAGGCACUUGCCCGCGAGAUCUGGAAUCUACGCUACGUUCGCAGUUCCGAGUUCAACUACCCAGAGGCCGCUCAUCAACCCAUCAUAAUAUUCUGGAAAGAGCAGUUUGAGCAAUGGUCCGACACAUUGGAGGAUAUGCACGACCCAAUUUUGGUUCAGCGACUAGCACAGGUAGAUGCUGAGAACGAUUAUCCGCGACUCGCUGGUCUAGCGAUGACCUUUGCGGCACCAGUAGCCACAUAUGCUCAACCAGUUAAUGCCAUUGCUCCCGUAGCUGGUGCCGUUGCGCCAGUUGCUGCUGCUGUCGAACCUGCUGCCGCCGCCGCUCCAGUGAAGAAGACUGUGAAGAAGGCCGUUGCUCCCGCUGCCGAUGGAGAGGCUGCUCCCGUGGUCAAGAAGAAGGUUGUGAAGAAAGCAGCGGCUGUUGAUGGGGAAGCAGCGCCAGUCAAGAAGAAGGUCGUCAAGAAGAAGGUGGCUGCGGCCGAGUAA